GAAGGGACGCACUUAAUGCAUGAACUUAAUGUGAUAUAUGAGCAGCGUCACAGCAGCAUCGCCGUCGGGGUGGUCAUCACGUCUGCUGUGACGGCAAAGUUCCUUUCCACAGUGGUGGAGCGUCCGGCUUACAACCGAAAUGACCCAGGUUCGAUUUCCAGAAUUGAUCAACUUAAAGAAGAAUAUCAGGAAGAAGAAGUUACUCAGAAAGGCUACACUAAGCGGCUACGGUUACUACUCAGCAGUCAUUUAAUGGAAUCUGAUCAAAAGAAUAUUACACAGCUUGAGAAGGAUCUCAGUCUUGGUGAAAUAACCGAGAAAGGAUUCCUUAACAAAUUGGAGAAACUGCUUGAAUCCUCCUUAAAUUUGGCAACAGGAAGUGAUGAGAAGAACACUGACCAAACAUUGGGGAAGCUAAAAGAUGGCUUGACAUCCUUAAAUGAAAAAGUGUGUGUAUUUUCCAAUGACGGAGAUAACAAGAAUGCUAACAAGGAAAAUGACAGAAAUGUCAGUAAUGGAAAUACACCCAAAGCCAUCAGUGAAAGUACAAGCCAAGGAGGAGAAAGCAGCAAAGCUAGUAGUGAAUCAGAUGGCAACUCAAGCAAUAAAGAGGAAGACAUGCUUAAACAAGAGGAUAACCACAUGGAGGUGGAGGAAGCUUCUGCAAAGCUUUUGCAAAAGAAGAAAGUAAAUGGUGGUGCUCGGAAUAAAAGACGGAGUUCCCAGAAUUGUGGUGUCCAGCGAUCUGUUGCUGACAUGUUCGCAGCUGUUAAUAGUAAGCGUAAAUGUGAGGAAGAAAGUGAAAAUAAAGAGGAAGAAGUAGAUGCUGAACCUGAAGAGAAAAAACUAAAACUCCACCAUAAUGAAGAUAAAACAUCACAUAGUGAGAACAGUCCUCGGCCCUUACAAAGUUUGUCAAGUCGUUGUGAGAUUUGCCGCCAGCGUUUAAAUAGUCCCGAACUUCUUCUCUUCCCCGGACACCCUGAAGGGGCACUGGAUGAAUUUAUUGCACUCACUGACUCCAAGCUUUCACUUUUUACUGGAGAAGAAGAAUUUAUCAAUGAAUAUGAUGAGCGGCCACAGCAAAAGAUAACUGGUUUUAAUGUGUAUGACAAAGCGGGUCAUCUCUGUCCCUUUGAUGGAGGUUUGAUUGAACGCAAUGUCCUCCUCUACUUUUCUGGCUAUGUGAAGCCAAUCUAUGAAGAAGACCCAACAAUUGAAGGUGGAGUUCCUGCAAAAGAAAUGGGGCCUAUCAAUGAGUGGUGGAUAUCUGGUUUUGAUGGAGGGGAAAAGGCGUUGAUUGGAUUUUCUACUGCAUAUGCGGAAUACAUCCUCAUGGAACCAAGCGAUGCCUAUGCCCCAUUUGUUGAUGCUGUGCGAGAGAAAAUUUACAUAAGUAAACUAGUGAUUGAGUUUUUGGUGAACAAUGAUGAUGCUGCAUAUGAAGAUUUGUUGAACAAGUUACAGACAACUGUACCUCCAAGUGGUAUAGCAGUAAUAACUGAAGAUACUCUCUUGAGACAUGCACAAUUUGUUUGUGAUCAGGUUCACAACUUUGACCUGGCAGGAAAUGAAACUGAUGACAUGCUCAUUACAGCUCCAUGUAUAAGAUCGCUAAUCAAGUUAGCUGGGGUUACUCUUGGAAAACGCAGAGCUUUAAGACGCACUGGUCCAAAAUUAAAGGUAAUUAAAAUGCCAAAAUGGACUAAAGCAACCACUACACCACUUGUUAAGAAUCUGUUUGAAUCCUUCUUUUCUGGCCAAAUUGAAUCGGAUAAAGAGAAUCUGCAAGGCACAAGAAGACAGCGCUGUGGUGUUUGCGAUACGUGCCAAAGACCAGACUGUGGCCAGUGUAAGCACUGUAAAGAUAUGAUAAAAUUUGGUGGCUCUGGUAAAUCAAAACAGUGCUGCAUUGACCGAAAAUGUCCAAAUAGGGUCAUAGCUGAAGCUGAAGAUGAUGAUGACAGUGAGGAUCUUGAAGGUAUUGCGAUUGGAGAAAUUGUACCUUCAGAGCCCAAACGGCAUCGCAUACAAAGACACACACAUCAUAUAUCUUGGGUAGGGGAUCCUGUCAUUGUAGAGGGCAAGAGAACUUACUACAAGUCAGUAAUGAUUAACAAUGAAGAAUACCAUGUGAAUGACAAUGUGAUUGUAGCACCUGAUGACCCAAAGAUCCCAGUUUAUAUUGCUCGUAUCAACCACAUGUGGGAAGAUGGACGUGGAGAGCAACACUUCCAUGCUGACUGGUACUGCCGAGGUAGUGACACUGUUCUUGGUGAAACUGCUGAUCCCCUUGAGCUCUUCAUAAUUGAUGACUGUGAGGAUACUCUUCUGAGUUCUAUAAUGAAGAAGGUCACUGUGAUUCACUAUGAAGUUCCCUCUAACUGGAAAGACCUUGGAGGUGAUAAUGAUCCAGAUGCAUACUACCCAGUCAGCAUUGACGAUGGCUCUAACUACUGGUACCAGAAGAUUUAUAAGCCCCAGAAUGGCCGCUUUGAGGAUGUCCCUCAAGAGAAAAAUGAACCUGAGGAUUCCAUGAAGCACCGUCACUGUGUUUGCUGUGCUCGCUUAAAAGAGGCAGAACUAAAAGAAAUGUGUGUUUUGGGUAAAAAACUGGAGGAAGAGUCUGCACAAAACCAGACAUGUUAUGCAUCGUUAUCUUACAAAUGGAAUGAUUACGCAGUGGGAGACAGUUUGUUUGUAAAUCCUGAUGCAUUUGAUUUCAAGGUUAAACAAGUGCCACCACCACGAAAAGAUGAGAAGAAAAAGAAGGUGGAUGAAGAUAUGUAUCCAGAAUAUUACAGAAAAUCGUCAGAUCAUGUAAAAGGAUCAAAUGAAUCUACUCCAGAGCCAUUUAAAAUUGCUAGAAUUAUUAGCAUUAUCCCUAAAAUUUCAGGAACAAUUUUGAGCCCCAGUGAUGUUUCUCUGAAGGUGGCUAAGUUUUACCGCCCAGAGAAUACCCACCGUGGUAUAUCUGCUUCCUACCAAGCAGAAUUAAAUCUGCUUUACUGGAGUGAAGAAGAGACUUGGAUCACCUUCAGUGAUGUAGCUGGCAAAUGCUUCGUUUCCUACCAAGAAAAUAUUGGAAGCACAUCUGUUGAUGAUUUUAUGAAUGCAGGUCCACAUCGGUUCUUUUUCGCUGAGGCGUAUGAUGCUAAGGAAAAGACAUUUUUAGAGCCACCUCUAAAGGCUCAGAUAUUGGGAAGCAUUGGCAAGGGUAAAGGUAAAGGCAAAGGGAAGGGCAAAGGCAAAGGCAAAAGCUGUUUGGAAGACAACAUUGACUUGAACACCUUCCAAGGCUUCGAGGAGUAUCCCCCGGUAAGGCACAAGCUGCAGACCCUGGAUGUCUUUGCUGGUGUUGGAGGUAAGGACAGCUUGAUUUAUAUUCAUUUUUUUUUUUAUACAGCCUCUCCUCACUUAACAAUGGAGUUCCUAAGACCACACUGGUAAACGAAUUCAUCGCUAAACAA